AUGAAUGCUAUUGCCGGUGCUGAGCUUCUACCGGAAAUUCAAAAACUAAGCCAUCACGGCACAGUGAUGGAAGAUCAUAACUCACUCAGCUACUACAACUUUUCUGGCGAGCAGUUCUGCGUAAAGUUUACAAAAAAAACCUUAAGGCGCCCUGCGCAGUCUGUCAUACCUAACCCAGGACCGAGCGAGCAGACGGAACCUGUCAAGCAAGCCAUCGCAUCAGUAGAACAGAAUACAGCGGAUGCUACGGCAGAAAAUGCGACCGAAACUGGAGAGACCUCCAAAGGAGCAUCUUCGUCCUCGCCGGCAUCGUCUGAGUCGGUUGGUGGUCCGCUCGCGUUCCUGCGCGAUGACCCCGUCUUCACUUACCUGAAGCGUACGCUGCAAGAGGACCCAUCAAUGUUGCCGGUGUCGAUGAAGAAAAUCCAAUGCCUCAACCGAGAUCUUAUGCGCAAGGUCACCGAAAACCCGGAGAAUUUUCUCAAACUAAUCAAUGACACAUCGGAGCCAUCUCUAGAGAACAGAGGAUCACAAGGCAUCGCCGCCACAAUGGGUAACAACCUGUCGCUAUCUGACGUGGACGCUAUUAUUCGUUUGAAGGAACUGGAAUAUCCUGACCAUCUUGUUAUCCAGGCGUACAUUGCGGGCGAACGCGACAAAUAUAAGGCGGCCGACUUUCUCGUCUCGCAGACACUCGACGACGACGAUUAG